AUUCUCUUCUUCAUAAGAAGAUAUUUUUUCAUAUUUUAUAUUGUAGUUUUAUUAGUAAAAGAAUAAAAGUGAACGGGGCAAAUUAGAUAAAAGUGUUGUCUCUAACAUGCUUGUUUUCUUCGAUAUAUUCUAAGUUUGUAUCAUUUAUAAAAGCAUAAUAUUGAUGAAUCAACGGUUAUGUAAAAAAACAGAUUUAUCAAGGAGAAAAAGUUUGAUUAAUGUUAUUUCAAAUGUGGUUUAGGUUAGGUUAAAGAUCCAUUGUUUAUGAAUGUUCAACGUUUUCUACGAAUAUGUUAACGUUUAUUUAUUAUUAAUUUAAAGUGAUAAUUGUCAAUAACAUUAUAUCAUCGUUAAAGUGAUAAUUCAAAAAAAAUUGAAUGUGAGAAAUGUGUCGGAAGAGUAUUCGAGGAAGGAGAAAUUGUGUGUUUGUUAUCUUUUAAGAUAACAAAAGAUUCCCCUCGUCACAUUCGAAGAUUACAUUCGUGUAAUGACAAGAAAUAAAUGUGUUAGGAGUCAUGGUCAAUGAUCAAAUAAUUAAAUAAAUAAUUCGUAUCGUUGUUGGUUGACGCGUAAAAAGUUCUUACAGGAAAACAAUUAUUUUUCAAGGAAAAAAAAAAGAAAAAAACAACAAAAAACAAAAUAAAGAAUAAAGACAAAAGGAAAAAGAAAAUCAAAAUACCGGAAACAAAAUUAUUAUCAUCAUUUGUAUUAAUACCACAACUACGUUGAUGAUGUCGGAUCGUUGAAUGUUAAUUUAAAAAACCAAAAGAACAACGUCUGAUAAUAAAAAUAUUUAAAAAUCACGAAUGAAAGUUGUAAACUUUUAAAAUCAAAGAUGACAAUGUUUAGAAACUUAUCAAAAGUGGAUGUGGUUUAUAAAAGAUAAGAUUAUUGUGUUAUACAUUUUUGUUGUUGCUGUUGUUGUUUAUUUGAAAAGAAUCUGUUUAGUGGAAAAAGAAACAAUAGGGAAGUUCAAAAGAAGAACAAAACGAUAGUUUAUAGUGUAUAUUGUCUACGAUUUGACCAAUCGAAACUUGACUAUGAACGGACUUCAUAGAAGAACGAAAGAGUAAGUGUAAAAAAAUUGAGGGAGGUGGUGAAAGAGGAGGAGGAGGAGGAGAAGAAAAAGUAGAAAGAGUGGGAGAAAUAAGAGAAAGAACGAGUGUGGGUUAUCUUAUAUUACGUAUACUUUCUUAUACGUACACAUUUAUUCAAAAAAACACAUAUACGUAUACGAAUAUAUGUAUGUUCAGAUGAACAUAAGGAAAUGUAAGAAUAGAGAGUGGGAUUAAGAAGAAAGAAAAAAAAGAAAGAAGGAGACAUAUAAUAUAUAUAUAUAUAUAAAAUGUAUAUAUAUAUUUAAAAAAAGUUUUAUCGAAGUAGGUGGGAGCAUACAAGGAGAACACAAACACGUCCGGAAAAUACUUAAUCGAUCAGUCUUCCUCCAACGUUCUUCUGGGAUCCGUUGGAACGUCGACUUUUUCGAUCAUUGUCGAAUAGGAUCCCACACAACCAAAACAUUCGUGGUAUCCCUCAUCCCUUAAAAACAUGAUUUCACUAAGGAGUUUUGUAUUCCUUAACGGAUUCAUCUUUGUCUUAUUGACAGGAAGAACAGUGAGCUAUGUCCUCGAUAAGGAUAACUUGGACAGGGUGGUAUUUAGGACUCAGGAUGAUUCGAACUUUCCAAAAAGGCCUUUCCAACUUGAGGAGACUUACACUGCCGAUUAUCUACCACGUAACUUCAACGGUACUUGGACAUCAGAUACCACGUUAAUUUAUAUAUCCGAAACUGUAGGAGAAAUUCUUCAAUUUGACGUUGUCAAGCAACAAUCUACUGUGAUCAUCGAUGUAUCAAUUUUUGACGAUUAUUUAGUAGAAAGUUACUUAUUAUCACCGACCGGACGAUUUCUUCUUAUCGGAUACGAUCUUCAAAAAGGAUUCAGAUAUUCGACCUUCAUGAGAUAUGUUAUUUAUGAUACUGAACUUGGACAAUAUGAUAAAAUUGGCAAUGGAAUGCAUAUCGCUCUUGUCAGAUGGGCACCACUAACAGACGAUUUGAUAUAUAUCCUCGACAAUAAUAUUUAUUAUAAACGUUUCUCUAAAAACGGUUUUAAUGAUGUACAAAGAGUGACGGACGAUGGCAUUGCCGGGAUCAUUUAUAAUGGUGUGGCUGAUUGGGUUUACGAAGAGGAAGUGUUACAUGGAUCAUCUGCCAUUUGGUUUUCUCCAGAUGGUAAAAGGUUAGCAUAUGCAACAUUCGACGACAGAAAAGUCCAUGAAAUCUUGUAUCUUCAUUACGGAGAACCCGGCAGCCUCGGCGACCAAUAUCCCACGGAAGUGAAGAUUAAGUACCCCAAGGCUGGCACACCGAAUCCUGUGGUAUCUUUGACGCUCGUCGAUCUUCACGAUCCUACAUUAAAUAAGAUAAAUUUAGAGGCCCCCGUAGAUAUAGUUGGCAUAGACAACGUACUGACCAACGUUCAAUGGAAAGAUUUUAAUACCAUCAUUGCUACGUGGUCGAAUCGUGUACAAAAUGAGACUGAAAUAGUUUGGUACAACGUUUAUGGUGAAACUGUUGAAACGUUGCAUAUUGAAGAACCUGAGGGAUGGGUGGAUAUUAAAAAUUUAUUUUUCUACAAUGGUUCAACUUACAUGCGUAAAUUACAACAAUCUGGAACGAAAGCUGGAAGAUUUCAUCACGUGACAAGAUACGAAAAAGUUGGAUCAACGCUGAUUCAAAAGGACCUAACUCCGGGUGCAAUAGAGGUUCAAGAUAUUCGUGCAAUAGACCAUUUCAAUGGUAGAAUUUACUAUCUUGCUAGUGGACCUGGGGAACCAUCCCAAAGGAAUUUAUAUUCCGUACCUGCCGAUGGCAGCAAGGAACCUACUUGCAUAUCGUGCAACGUUAUAACGCCGGAAGGUAACCAGUGUAAAUACGCAGACGUGUCAUUCUCACCAUUUAGAUCGUAUUACGCGUUAGUAUGUCAAGGUCCGGAUCCAACAUUCAUUGAUAUUUUUGAUUCAAAUCAUAGAAAAAUCUUUUCAUGGGAACACAAUUUGAUGUUACGACUUAGACUCACUAAAAGAGAGUUACCCAUAGUCAAGGAUUUAUACGUUCAUGCAAACGGUUACGAUAGCAAAGUCAGACUACUUUUACCUCACAAUUUCGAUGAAAGUAAAUCGUAUCCGAUGUUGGUCAACGUAUAUGCUGGACCAAAUACGGCAAAAAUAAACGACGCAGCUUCAUACAGUUACCAAUCGUAUAUGACGACAAAUCGUAGCGUGAUUUACGCUUACAUCGAUGGUAGAGGAUCAUCGAACAAGGGUAGCAACAUGCUUUUCGAGAUUUAUAGAAAUUUAGGUACCGUUGAAGUCGAGGAUCAAAUUACUGUAACUAGAAAACUUCAAGAAAUGUAUUCCUGGAUCGAUUCUAAAAGAACGGCUAUUUGGGGUUGGAGUUAUGGUGGCUUCUGUACCGCAAUGGUAUUGGCUAAAGACGUGGAUUCUGUUUUCAAGUGCGGAAUAUCCGUAGCACCAGUAUCUUCCUGGAUUUAUUACGAUUCCAUUUAUACGGAAAGAUUCAUGGGUCUUCCAACACCAGAAGAUAAUCUUAAAGGUUACGAUGGAACAGACGUAUCUAGACGAGUUGAGGGUAUUAGAGGGAAGAAAUUUAUGUUGAUACAUGGUACUGGUGACGAUAACGUUCAUUAUCAGCAGUCAUUGGCAUUGGCAAAGUCCCUUGAGGAAUCUGAUAUACUGUUCGAACAAAUUACCUACACGGAUGAAGCACAUGCGCUGUAUGGCGUUUUACCACACCUUUAUCAUUCUAUGGAUAGAUUUUGGAGUGAAUGUUUCAGUUGGUCUAAUACUCACUGACUCGAAUAAUUUUGUUUUUUCUUCGAUAUGUUUGAAGAACUUAUGACAUCGGGAAAAUAAAAUAAUCGAAAAGGAAAAACGUCGAAGAGGAAGAUUUGUGUUAUUAAAAAAAAACAUAUUAGGAUAAAUUUCGAGAUACGUUUAUCUCGAAAAUAUUCUCAAUCGUAGUUUUGAUUCGAUUCAAAUUGGAUCGUAAUUAUUGAUAAAUUUGUUAAUUGAACCUUUUUUUUCUCGAAUUAGCGAA